ACUCCCCCACCACCACCAUCAUCAUCAUCACCAUCAUCAUCCUCAGUGGAUCAGUCUUCGUCCACGCACCGUGGAGACAAACACGACGACGGAGAGUCAGAUGUGACGGAUGCGUUGGAUUCUCACAGAUUCAUUCGGAGCUGUUAUCGGAUCAUCUUCCUCCUCCUCCUCCUCCUCCUCCUCCUCCUCCUCCUCCUGCCGCUGCAGGGACACAUCUGUCUCCGCCCCCCCUCCCAGCUGUGUCGAGGAUGACGACCAACACCAGGUACAAGAGCCGCGCUCCCCGCUCAGAUGAAGGGGAGGAGAAAGAGUACGUCGGCUUCGCCACGCUGCCCAACCAGGUUCACAGGAAGUCCGUAAAAAAGGGCUUCGACUUCACACUCAUGGUGGCAGGUGAGUCUGGUCUGGGGAAGUCCACUCUGGUCAACAGCCUCUUCCUCACUGAUCUACACAAAGACCGGAAGCUGCUCAACGCUGAGGAGCGCAUCAGUCAGACGGUGGACAUCACCAAGCACACGGUGGACAUCGAGGAGAAGGGGGUGAAGCUGAAGCUGACCAUCGUGGACACGCCGGGGUUUGGAGACGCUGUCAACAACUCAGAGUGCUGGAAGCCCAUCACAGAUUACAUCAACCAGCAGUUUGAACAGUACUUCAGAGACGAGAGUGGACUGAACAGGAAGAACAUCCAGGACAACAGAGUGCACUGCUGCCUCUACUUCAUCCCUCCGUUUGGACACGGGCUUCGUCCGGUCGACAUAGAGUUCAUGAAGGUUCUCCAGGACAAAGUGAACGUGGUUCCUCUCAUCGCUAAGGCCGACUGCCUCACGCCCCUGGAGAUAAAGAAACUCAAGGAGCGGCUGAGGGAGGAGAUCGAUAAGUACGCGAUAAAGAUCUACCAGUUCCCCGACUGCGACUCGGACGAGGACGAGGAGUUCAAGCGACAAGACAAAGAGCUGAAGGAGAGCACCCCGUUCGCAGUGAUCGGCAGCAACGCUGUGGUGGAAGCUCGAGGUCAGAGAGUGAGAGGGAGACUCUACCCCUGGGGCAUCGUGGAGGUGGAGAACCCGUCCCACUGCGACUUCGUGAAGCUGAGGACGAUGCUGAUCAGAACCCACAUGCACGACCUGAAGGACACGACCAGCGACGCUCACUACGAGAACUACAGGGCCCAGUGCAUCCAGACCAUGACCAGUAAGAUGAACUCAGACCAGCGGGUGGAGAGUCCCAUCCCGAUCCUGCCUCUGUCCACUCCGGACGUGGAGACGGAGAAAAUCAUCAAGAGGAAAGAUGAAGAACUGAGGAGGAUGCAGCAGAUGCUCCAGAAGAUGCAGCAGCAGAUGCACGAGCAGGACCUGUGACCUCCGACCUCCUGUAUGACCACGUCUCUGGCCUAAAAAUCCACUGGACCACGAGAAGAAAUGUCCCCAAAGCACCGGUCACAAAGACAGUAGAAGCAUGCUGAGUUUAACGCAGUCAUUAGCCAAGUGAGUCUCGUUAGGCAAUAGGAAGUAGUUUUGCACUUUUUUCACCUCUAGAGUUGCACAUGAAACAUAUGAUGAGUCCGACCCUCCAGGUCCUCUGUCCCUCUGUCCCUCUGUCCCUGUGUCCCUCUGUCCCUCUGUCCCUCUGUCCCUGUGUCCCUCUGUCCCUAUGUCCCUCUGUCCCCUUAAAAGACUUUAGUCCUGCAGAAAGUUUGGAAAAGUCAGACGUUUACAGUCGCCUAAACUCGAUUCAUGACAUUAAAUCCUGGUAAAUAUUCAUCAUCCAAACACAUUUGGUCUUUUUUGAUGAAUUUUAUUUAUUUAUUUAUUUGUUUUGAAGAAUGAAGAAAAAGAAGAGUUGCUGCUCUGGAGUCUCUCUGUCCCUGCUGCAGGUCUAACUAGAGCCAGUUUUAGUCUGAGCAGAACCGUCGUAGUAGAAACGUUUUGAUUGAACUUUAAGUGUUUUUAGAAACACAGUUAAAACCAGAUCAGAAAGAAAAAGGUUCAAAAAUAAAGAAACAUGUUGAUUUUCA